AUGGCCUCCAACAACGUUUGCAACAGCUGCGUUCGUGCAUUGAGACAAGCUUCUGCUCGACAGAUCAAUGGUCGCAUUGUGCACAGCCGUCUUUCGCCUCGUGGCCAGUUUCUAGGACGUACUUUUACGACCACUGCCGUCCGUUCUGAAGCAGAAAAGAGCCAGGAUGGACCAGAUGCGUCGACCAUGCAGAAGUUCGCCCAGCGCAUGCGAGCACAGAAGCAGAUGAAGGCUGCCACAGAACCAUAUGUCGCCUACGGCGCUACCGAGGACCUGUUCCGCGUGUGCGCUCGCGCUGGAGACUACACCAUGCCCACCGUUGCCGAAGGCGAAGAGCCAUUGAGGUCGGCCAAGGGUGAGGAUUUGGGUGUUGGCUCGGGCUGGUGGUAUGAAGAGCUGGGCCUGACCCCGACCUUCAACACUUGGGCUCAAAUCACCUUCUUACACAUGUAUCUCGUUACUGUACGUCUGAGGAUGUUCCCCCAACAGCACGCCCACCACUGGCAUCAGAACUUGCUCGAUCACUACUUUUACGCUGCCGAAGACCGUAUGGCUGCCUUGCACAAUAUCGCUGCCCGCAGUGUGCGCAACAAGUACCUCAAGGAUCUCUUUGUGCAAUGGCGCGGUGUUCUUGCUGCCUACGACGAGGGCCUGGUCAAGGGUGAUGCUGUCCUUGCCACUGCCGUCUGGAGGAACGUCUUCGGUGGUGACGAGAACGCUGAUGCGGCCGCUGUCGCAAAUGUCGUCAGCUACAUGAAGAAGAACCUCAGAGACCUUGACAGAAUUCACGACUCUGAUAUUGCUAGUGGAGACAUCAGCUUCUCCGACCCAGCCAGAGAAGCCAGCAUUGUGGACAGAGAGGCUCAGGCUAUGAAGCAGCCCAUUCCAGAACCUGCACCAGUCGCUCGAGCCUGA